GUUAAGGGCGUAGGCACGAUUCUCCGUACGCCGAGAGCGGCUCGGCCGCGCGCACGCCGGGCAUCCAGGCCGAGCCGGGAACGCCGAGAGCAUGGCCGGCGCGGGCGCGAAGCGGCGCGCGGUGGCGGCCCCGGCGGCGGCGGCGGAGGAAGAGAAGCAGGCGCGGGAGAAGAUGCUGGAGGGGCGGCGCGCGGACGGAGAGGACUCUGGGGGCGAAGGCGUGACUCUGCAGCGCAACAUCACACUGCUCAACGGUGUGGCCAUCAUCGUGGGCACCAUCAUCGGCUCGGGCAUCUUCGUAACGCCCACGGGCGUGCUCAAGGAGGCGGGCUCGCCCGGGUUGGCGCUGGUGGUGUGGGCUGUGUGCGGUGUCUUCUCCAUCGUGGGCGCGCUCUGCUACGCCGAGCUGGGCACCACUAUCUCCAAGUCCGGCGGCGACUACGCCUACAUGUUGGAGGUCUACGGCUCGCUGCCCGCCUUCCUCAAGCUCUGGAUUGAGCUGCUCAUCAUUCGACCCUCCUCGCAGUACAUCGUGGCGCUGGUCUUCGCCACGUACCUGCUCAAGCCGAUCUUCCCCACCUGUCCAGUGCCUGAGGAGGCAGCCAAGCUCGUGGCCUGCCUCUGCGUGCUGCUGCUCACGGCUGUGAACUGCUACAGCGUGAAGGCCGCCACCCGCGUGCAGGACGCCUUUGCUGCUGCCAAGCUGCUGGCCCUGGCUCUCAUCAUCCUGCUUGGCUUCAUCCAGAUGGGAAAGGGUGAUAUGUCCAACCUGCACCCUAAGUUGUCCUUUGAAGGCACCAAUUUGGAUGUGGGGAACAUCGUGCUGGCAUUGUACAGUGGCCUGUUUGCCUAUGGAGGAUGGAACUAUCUGAAUUUUGUCACAGAGGAGAUGAUCAACCCUUACAGAAACCUGCCCUUGGCCAUCAUCAUUUCCCUGCCCAUUGUCACGCUGGUAUAUGUGCUGACGAACCUGGCCUACUUCACCACCCUGUCGACCAACCAGAUGCUUGUGUCUGAAGCUGUGGCUGUGGACUUUGGGAACUAUCACCUAGGAGUCAUGUCCUGGAUCAUCCCCGUCUUCGUGGGCUUGUCCUGCUUCGGCUCUGUCAAUGGGUCUCUGUUCACAUCCUCAAGGCUGUUCUUCGUGGGAUCUCGGGAGGGCCACCUGCCUUCUGUCCUCUCCAUGAUCCACCCACAGCUCCUGACCCCUGUUCCGUCACUGGUGUUCACAUGUGUCAUGACCCUGAUGUACGCCUUCUCCAAUGACAUCUUCUCCAUCAUCAACUUCUUCAGCUUCUUCAACUGGCUGUGUGUGGCCCUGGCUAUCAUCGGCAUGAUGUGGCUUCGCUUCAGGAAGCCUGAGCUGGAGCGUCCCAUCAAAGUGAACCUGGCCCUCCCGGUGUUUUUCAUCUUGGCCUGCCUCUUCCUCAUCGCUGUGUCCUUCUGGAAGACACCCAAGGAGUGUGGCAUUGGCUUUGCCAUUAUCCUCAGCGGGCUGCCUGUCUACUUCUUUGGCGUCUGGUGGCAGAAUAAACCCAAGUGGCUCCUGCAAGCCAUCUUCUCUGGGACGGUGCUCUGCCAGAAGCUUAUGCAGGUGGUUCCUCAGGAGACUUAGCUGCGAGUCUCGGGUGCCACAGGGAGAAUGCGCACAGUGACUGCUUCUGGAAAGUUCACCUUUGGAAGAGCAGCGUCCAGGCCUGUCAUUCCCCACAGCUCCAGCGAGCGCCACCAACUCUCCAGCACCAUCCACUGUCCCUCCAAUGGUCGAGGGUCCACAGCGGCUGCGAAAGAAAACUCUGGUACGAAUUUGGUCCUAGAAGGCGACCAUCUGUGCAUGGCACUCAGUGUUAGCGCAUGCCGUGAGCUGAGGCCUGGUUUUUGUGACUUUCUGGGGACUGCCACAUCUGGUCUUUCUCCCCGCUCUGAUUUUUGUUUUAUUUUGUUUUUGUAGCUUGCAUUUUGGGUCAAGUUUACACUACCGAGAUGAUUAUUUUUAAACAGAACAGGGUAGCAAGGAGCAGGAGAUGCGUAGCUAGAGCAGCCCAGCUGUGAAUGUGAACGCACUGGCCACAGCCCUUCUCCCGAGGCUGUGUCGCUCAGUAGCAAAGUGUGCCUCAAGGGGACCACGUCGCUGUCACCCGUCGACAGAACUACUGAGACUCGGGUGUCACCUGUUCUACUGUGGACUUGGACUGACAGGCAGAUGACAUAUCUUGCUUGGGUUGUUUUAUUUUUCUGGGAUCCUGGAGAUGGAACCCAGCCUCAUUCAUAUGGGGCAAGUGCUCUACUGCUGAGUUACGUUUUUAACCUUAUAAACGUAGAGCUCAGGUCUCACUGAAGUCCUGGGGAUUCCUCUUCCCUUGGCCAUACAUGAAAGAGCGCUCCGCAACCAUAACUCAGCAGCUGGCUGCCAUAGCUAGAAGCUCGUGGGAAGAGCUGGCUUCCAGCUGUCAUCUACAGGGCCACGUGUGCUUGUGCACACUGGCAGACACAGUCUAUCGAUCCCCUACCCCAGCGCUCUUAGAAACAGACCAGGAAGGCGGACAGUGACCAGCACCAUGGGUCUCCCACCCACACCCCUCUGUUCACCGCCAUAGUUCCUGAGACUGUCACCGCCAUCCCCUCCUUAUCCCCUGUACCCAUUGUCCAAAACAUGCACCGGACGCCCCUCCCUGCCGUGUGCCACCUGUGUGACAAGACCACUCGAGCUUCCUGAGUAUGAAAGCUGCUGGCUGCAUGCUGCUCUCCCUCCUGUUGGGACCACCCUACAAGCUUCCCAUUCUCUUCUAGAGGAGACAGCUGAGGUCCAGCCAGCAUACCUAACCAAGAACUGAUCUGCUUAGAGAGCCAUCAGGUUCUAUUACCCUUGCUAGCCCCAGCCAUCACCGCAGGUCACGGCCUGCCUGCAAGAGUGAUUCUCUGCAGAGCCUGCAUGGUGGUGACCUUACCACUGUCCACCCCCCCCCCCGACCUCCCUCUGUGUUCCUGGGGUCCCCUUCCAUAGGGGUGAGGAGGGAGCGGUCAGAGUGCCUCCUGAAGACUCUGCUCUCCCAGAGAUCUGAACUGGGGUCUCUGCCCUGGAAAUCAGGUCAGGAACCCAGCCCCAGCCUGGGUCCAAAGGGCAGGGGCUCAGUGGGCCAUUUUCAUGGUGCUGACCUAGGCCCUCUGAGAAGACCUUGCUCGUUCCUAUUUCUGAUGUCUUGGGGUCUCCCGCUUUGUUUUCUCAAAGCAAACCCUGACCACAGAGCCAUUUUGUUCUGUGCUUUGCAUUUUUGGUUUUGUCCUAACAUGUCACUGCGUCUGGCUUUUUUCAGGGGUCAGUGGUGUGUCCAGGCUGUGUUCCUGCCACAUUGGGGCCCUCUACUGUGCCACCUGAGUCAGUGAUAUGGUUGUAACAUCUUUUACUCUUGUAUUAAUGGCUAACCUGUUACACUGGGCUGGGGGUGGGGGUGGGGUGCUGCUGUUUUAUGGGACUUUUUGAUUGUUUUUUUUGUUUUGUUUUGUUUUUUUUUAAAAAAAGCUAUUGGAAUUCUAAGUUGCUAACAGUCUUCUGUGUUCUGUGUUCAAUGCCAGAUUCCCUGUGUGGGAACCGUCUCUUUUCCCUCAGCCCACCCCUUUCUCUCAGCCACGCAUUCCUUUGCUCACCCAGCCCCCCUGAGGGUGACAAGGCUGGAGGGGAGCCAGGGAGCCAAGGACACACUAAGGUCACUGGAGGGAGAAGGUUCCUGGAGGCCCCUAGGUGG